AUGAAACAUUUUUGGGAAUAUUUUCAGGACGGAAGAGCUGAACGUUCAUUGGUACUUGUAGCAAUAUUGAGUGCAUUUUUCAUCGUUGUCGAAUUCACAGGUGGUGUUUUGGCUCAUAGCUUGGCAAUAAUGACCGAUGCGGGACAUAUGCUCAGCGAUUUGCUCUCAUUCAUUAUCUCGAUCAUUGCAAUACGACUUGCUCGAUCUCCUGGUAGCUGUUUCAAUCAAUAUUUUUCAGUGGACACGAACACAAUGAUUGUCACAGCCGGUGCGGGCGUUUGCUUCAACAUAAUCAUGGGCAUUGUACUGCGGUAUUGCCGCCAUCCGCAUUCCCAGCAACCAGUGGGGCACAGUCAUGUACAAAAAUUUCAAUUUCGUUGUACUCGCAGGCCUUCAUCAAUGAUCCAUUGCAGGUUGCCGAAAGCAAACGUUAAUGUGCGUGCAGCGUUCAUCCAUGUUAUCGGUGAUUUCGUGCAAAGUAUUGGCGUACUAACUGCAGCCAUUGUCAUCAAGAUGACGAACUGGAAAUUGGCCGAUCCACUGUGCACUUUUUUGUUCUCCAUAAUCGUUCUUUUCACAAGUGCUACUGUCAUCCGCGAUAUUUUUUUCGUCCUAAUGGAAGGUAAUAAUUAA